GCAGCAAUCUUGAACAAAUACAUGCUUUUCAAAUCUUUCUCCUGGUAGAUACAUAUCCCGAACCUCCUCCAACAUGUGGCGCCCGUUACCAUUGAAUCCACCAGGCCCCAGCGCGCAAAAAAUCCCAUCAGAUCCUAGAUUCAGCCAGAGCCAAAUUCCAGUCUGGAAUCACCAACAACCUACACCCGCCGCAAGUCAGUACAAUUUCGGACACGAUCGCUCUUCCAUAUCCCAAUCUCAGCAUCUUGCGCCUGAGUUUUCUAAGGUUAUGCAUUACCCGGAUCUCGACAUAGAAAGGGCUGGAUUUGAAGUUGCUUCUACACACGGGAGACACAUACAGAGAGCUGAAGCUUUGGCUGAUGUAGACAUUGGCAAGAGCUCCCAAGACGAAUUUGAGCCAGAUGAGGAUGAUGAUCUUUCCGACUCUGAUGCUGAUGACGAUGUGCGUGAAUUUGAAGCAUCUUUAGCUAGUCUGCAAAAUGGCGACGAGUUACUGAAGAGACUCGCCGCACCCGAAAGCAGUGAGCUCGACUUCAGCAAACUACUCGCUGGCAACAGUCUAUCGAGAGGAUCCAUAAAGCGUUCUCGGCAACGUGUAGGUAGAACAAAAAUCUUCCGUCGUCACAGGGGACCCCGCAAAGCCGCUGAGCCUACUCCAGAUAUCAAAUUACGUAUUAGCAGAGCUAAUGACCUAUACAUCAAUAAGAGGUUUGACGAAGCUGUGACAGAAUUGGAGGAGAUCAUUCGAAUCAAUGCCGAAACCCCACAAGCCUGGGAGACGCUCGCUUCAAUUCGCAACGACCGCGGAGAUUCGGAGCAUGCUGCCCUCUGCUUUCAUAUGGCUGCAACUUUCCGGCCGAAGAUUAUCUCAGGCUGGCUCACAUGUAUUGAUUACUGUCUUCGUAUCCAAGGCCCCAAGAGGCCUAGAGCUAUUGCAUUUGCCCAAAAUGCAUGUGCCACGAUGGUCCGCCAUAUGCCCAAUGAUCUUGAGGCACGGAUGAAGAAAGCUGAGGUCUUCAUUGAGAAUGGUAAACUCCAGCGGGCCAUAUCUGAGUAUAAGUGGAUCCUCAAGCGAGAUAGGAUGAGGAAACCUGCGCUGCAGAAGCUUGCAGAAGUCUGCGUCGAUGUCGGCGAUGUCCACACUGCGAUACAAGAGUACAAAAAUAGCUUGCUGCAAUUCAGAGCGCCGGACAACGACUCCGAGGUUGUCUUCGGCUGGGAGGAUGCAGAUGCUUACAUCACUUUGCAUGAAGUUGCCAGACAAUACUACACUGCAAUCUCAGAACUCAAGUCCCUUGCUCGGUGGCUCCUCGGACGUGAAGAGGAAUCCUUUUGGGAUGAUGUCGUGGGUGACGAUCGCGAGUGGGAUAUCAACGAUUUGAGGAGGUUACAAGUUCCAGAUUUCACUCAAGGAAAAUAUGAUCCAUCCACCUACGGUCUCGGCCUUCCAUACGAAUUCCGAGUCAAGUUGGGAUUGUAUCGCUUACAUCUUGGGCAACAUCCUGAAGCAAUGGCUCAUCUUAAUGUACUUCAAGGCCCAGAUCAAGAUGAUACUCUCGCCGAUGAUUAUUCUUAUCUAUUCCGCCAAGCAGCAGAUCAAUUGUAUAGAGCAGGGCUGCAUCAAGCUGCCAUGAGUUUCUAUCAGCCUUUGACACGAGUUCCGGCCGUUGUAGAUUCCCCUUUGCUUGUGCAAAUUGGGAGAUGCUUUCUCAAGGUUUCUGAUGACUUGAAAGCUGCCGAGAGCUUCAAAGCCGCUAUAAACCUCGAUGCAGGCGAUGUUGAUGCCCGCAUGGAAUUGGCGAGGAUGUACGAGAGGACUCAACAACCCGAGAAGGCAUUUGACUACGUUACGGAGAUUAUUCAAGUCAAGAAGAACCUGCGUCCUGAAACAAAGCGCCAGAAACAAAAGGUCGCGGAUAUGGAUAAGGGGGUGGAGAUGGGUAGUGAUGCUAAUUCAGCGAUAGUGUCUCGGGCCGCUAGUAAAGAAUAUACACCUCGCUCUGUGCACACCUCAGCCAGCCGGAUCCAGAAAGACGAGCUCAUACAGACUGCGGAAUUACUUCAAACUCAAUAUCAAAUACUGAAAUCGGAGCAGAAUGGAAUGAGAACAGGCGAUGUGACAUCUUCGUUGUUGUGGCGCGAUGCUGCAAGGGCUUUGACAGAUGACUUCAGAAGCUUCAAAACUUUUUAUCCAUGGGACAAGUACAUUCGAUUCCUCGGAUAUUCUGGGCAUGUCAGACUUCAAGCAGAGACUUCAUUAGAUUCCGACCUUACAGCCAUGGCUGAACGUUUGUCUAAAAAUCUUGGUGCGGAUAUUUCAACUAAAACCAAUUUACCAUCUGUCGAAAUCCCAGAAGACUACAGAGGCAUUUCAUUUCGGAAGUGGCUGGAUAUCUUCUUGGACUAUGCGCUAUGCCUCGCUAGAGACGGGCAAGCGAAGGCGUCAUAUGAAAUCUGUGAAGCAGCAAAGGACGCCAUUGUCUUUUGUCACUCGAGGGAGGAUAUGUUUCUGAUUCAAUUGUGUUGGUGUACUUGUGCUCUAAUUGCCAGUGAUGAAGAAACAUGCGUAUCUGUUGUUCGGUUCUUUAUGAAGGAUUACCAAUUUACCACAGACUCCUACCGAAUGUUUGCAGCUGUUUCACGGGCCUGUCAUUCCCCCGUUUCUUGGUAUAAUUCGGGCCCAACUCAGAAGUUCAUCCUUCGCCAAAUCAAGCUCAUGGACUAUUCACUCGUAUCUGAGGACAAGCGUCGGAGGCAUUACGCGGAUAAAGGCUCUUAUUCCGCACAGGAUAGUAAGGGUCAUAUCAUAAUCAAUUCAGAUAUGGACGUUGCGCUUCUGAUGUUGUACGGCCAUAUAUUGUUCACGGGUGGGAGCUACCCAUACGCUUUGAAUUAUUUCUUCCGCGCAUACGCAUUAGACCCCAGCAACCCAAUGAUCAAUCUCAACAUCGGCCUUGCAUGUAUCCACCAUGCUCUCAAGAGGCAAACCGAGAAUCGACAAUAUAGCAUAAUUCAGGGCUUGUCCUUUAUGAUGGUAUACUAUCAGUUACGACUUCAAUGUCCUCGUAGUGAAGAGAGGCAAGAAGCCCACUAUAACAUGGCACGAGUAUAUCAUAUGCUUGGUCUUGUUCACCUUGCGAUCCCUUUCUAUCAGAAAGUAUUCGACGAAAUUUCCGGCGUACCGGAGCAACCCACGCACGAGAAGCUAGUACUUGACACUGCUUACAAUUUGCAAGCGAUAUACUCCAUGUCUGGAAAUACAGAGCUAGCAGAAGAGGUCACUCGGCGAUGGUUAGUCAUUUGAGAUCCUAGGAACUCAUUGUCUGAGUCGUGCAUGCAUCACGGUGGUGUGAUCUGAGCAUGUAUUGGUUGUCAGGGGACGACUGGCAAUGGGUAAAUCUCUUCACGAUGGUUGUGUGAUUGGUAAUGUUUAGAGCUUGACUCGGAAAGUUUGGCAUAGCGAUUGACACUGCUGAAUUGCACUCCCUCGAGUCCCCUUGAGAGAUUGCUUAAAUAGAAAUAAUAUAAUUUAUUGAUUUG